AUGCCAGAACAACAACCAAUCGCAACCUUAUAUACCAUCCAAACAACAGGUAGUUCUUCAACUGAUGAGGUACAUGAAGGUGGCUCGAGACCAAUUGAAGAAAAUAUUUAUAAUAAAAGACAUAUUGGUGAUAGACUUCAAAAUAUUCUAAUUAACAACGAUUAUGCAGUUCUUUUUUUGCACAAGUACUACGACGUAAAACAGAUAGCGCUUCCCUCAUUUGAAAUAGAAAAUGUUAGAGACAUAUACUCAACCGAGUUCGAGCAGACAUACUUUUUAUUUAAUGGCACCACACUGCCUAGAACAUUAAAGGAGGAGCCAGAAAAAUUAGGUGCUGAAAUUCAGUUAAUGCAAAUGCAAAAGUGCACAAUUGUGUUUUUUAAAAAUGAUAACGGCCCGGUACCCAUUGUUGGAGCCAAUUUUAUGGACUUGCACAGUUUGAAGGAUCAGUUUCCUUAUGCCUUUCUGAAAUUGGUAGUUAAUUAUGAUAGGAUAUCAGUAAACGAAUUCUUCCAGAAUUUAGAGAAAAAAAUUGAAAGCAUAGAACUACAAAAUGACUCAAUUUUUUCUUUAAAUACAAAGCAUUUCAAAAAACUGCUAUUUCUAAGGAGAGAUUUUAAAAAAUGUGUCAAUUCCCAGACAACUGGAAAUGAGCCAAUUUUACGUUUUUUAAAUGAGCAAAAAUUGACAUACAAAAAAAAUGAAGGGAUCGUUAAUUGCUGCUGUAGUAUAUUACAGUCGAUUGAAGAAUCACAAUUAAAAUGGGAUAAAUUAUUGAAUUACUUUAGUAAAGUCGAGGAGCAGUUAAAAUGGUUAUAUCAGCUAAGAGUUGGUUCAUUCCGUGGUAUUUUUGUAACACUGAUUGUAUUUACAUCAAUAUUUAUUUCCGGGUUAUUUAAAGAUAUCUACAAUGACAGUGCCUCUACAGGAGUAGAAGUUGCAUUUGGACUUUUGGUGUUCUUUUGCGUUAUAUGCUUUUUAAAUGUGAUAGCAUUGUAUUGGCAUAUCUCUCUUCUGUGGUUCUUGCCCUGGAGAAAAAAAAUAACGAGGAAGAAAGCUCGGACGAAAAUAAGCACAGCUCUGAUGUAUCUCAUGACACUAGUAACGAUGCAGAAGCCUCGAACACACAAGGUUUAG